UCGCAAUCGAUCCAUCUCGUCGCACAUACCAAUUGCCCUUUAUUUACGUUAGAUAUCCAAAUAUUAGUUAAUUAAUUUCGAGCAAAGACAACAUUGAAAGUGUAUAUUGUACAUUGAUCAAAAACUUCCAGAAUACAACACAAUUGUUUUAAACCUUAAAAAGAUGCGAUUAAACGAAAACACAAAAAUUGUUGGGAAGAAAGUAAUUUUAGUGCCAUAUUGUGCAUCACAUGUUAAAAAAUAUCACGAAUGGAUGAAGUCACCAGAAUUACAAGAGUUAACAGCAUCAGAGCCUUUGACACUUGAAGAGGAAUAUGAAAUGCAACGAAGCUGGCGUGAAGACGAGGAUAAAUGUACAUUUUUGGUCUUAUGUCGAGCAACGUAUGAAAAAAAUAACGAUGAAAUAGAUGCGUUGGUGGGAGAUACAAAUCUAUUUCUCAGAGUGAAUGAUGACGAAGAAAAUGGUUGCUUACCAGUGGCUGAAGCUGAGAUAAUGAUAGCGGAACCGAACGCGCGUGGUAAAGGUUACGGAUGGGAAGCUAUGCUUAUGCUGUUGAAAUAUGCCCAGAUAAAUUUGGGUAUUAAAAAAUUUGAGGCGAAAAUUGGAACAAAAAACGAAAAAUCUCUCCAAAUGUUCAAUAAAAUGAAAUUCAAAGAAAUAUCACGGUCAGCGGUAUUCGAUGAAGUCACCUUAAUGCGCUUCGUCGAUGAAGAUUGGGUCAAAUGGCUAGACGAGCAGGUGGUAUUGCAAUUUGAAAAUUACAAAUGCGAAGAUUUAUCUAGUUAGCAACAAUAAUUAUUUAUUAUAGCACCAUUCGUUAUUGAAAUAAACGUAAUGUAAUGUAUAUGCGCGAGGGUCGAGUGAUUAUGUUAGUCAGAAAGUGGAUUUGUUUUAAAAAACUCAAUUUGCAGUUUCUCAAAUAGAAUGUUAUAGUAUCUGUGCUCUUGAUUUUGACCUAUAAUUAUUUUAAAGAGCUUUGUAGAAUGUAUUUAGAAUUUUUGUCAGGGUAAUUAUGUUGUUAUCGCGCAUCCGAUAUACGGUGGAAUUAACGUUAAUUUAUCUUAGUUCCAACUGAUACUUUGAAUGAAUGAAAUUCAUUUGGAUUGAAAAUUUAAACAAUAUUUGUAAUUUAUUUCUUUUUCGAUUAAUCACAAAGGUCUAAACAUAUAUUAAACAUUCAAAGAAUGUUAAAAGAUAAAGGCAAAGCUGACAAUAUUAACUAUUGCGAUAAAAGGAUAUUAAAAUUAAUUAUUUUAAAAC